AUGGUAUUUUUGCAGGGAGGCCGAUUUCAGUCCAGAUACCUCACUGAAGAACUGCGGAGAAUUUUCACUGAAGACUCUGAAACGGAAGAAUUUGAAGGCUUUGCUUCAAAUGAGGUGCAUGUGAACAAGAAAGAAGUUCCGACAGUGGAGUCAGACCUGAGUGAUGAAGAAUGCCCUAAUUUAUUGGGUAAUGAGGAAGAAGAGGAGGAAGAGGCGAAGAAAGCUUCCCCCAAGAGAAGAAGCUUUGGCCUUCGUGUUGCUUUGCAGUUUCCCAGCAGAAAGUCAUCUGAGAAAAAAGUGCCUGAACAGUCUUUGUCUGACUUACCUGUAAAGGACAGUGAAUCCCUCACACCUCUUUCAAGAGAAAUAAACUGCAAGUGGUCGGACAAACUAGAGGGUUCUGCUUCAGAGUCUGAAGAAGACAUUAAAGAAACACAGGAGGAAAGUUCCAAUGCAAUGAUUAAGAGAGCCAUAAAUAUAAAAGAAAAUAAAGCCAUGCUUGCCCAGCUGCUGGCAGAAUUGAAUUCCAUACCAGACCUGUUCCCAGUGAAAACACCCACCUCAACUCCUUCGAAACAGAAGAAAACCCCAAGGAGGACAUUUUCUGAAGGCCAGAUAGCACGUCGAAUGAACCCAACCAGAAAUGCUCGUCCACCAGAAAAAUUUGCCUUGGAAAAAUUUACUGUGUCGGCCGUCAAAUUUGCGGAACAUAUCCGUAGCUACAGACAACAAAACCUCUUGAAGAGACUCAGUGUGCAGGGGGAUUGUGGAGUGCGUAAAAGAAGGAGAUCAUCAAAGUACUCGUCUCAUCGUCCAGUAGAAGAUAUUACUGAAGAGGACUUGGACAACAUUGCAGUCACUGUUAGAGACAAAAUCUAUGACAAAGUUCUAGGUAGUACUUGCCACCAGUGUCGACAAAAGACAACAGAUACAAAGACAAUCUGUCGCAACCAGGGCUGUGGAGGAGUAAGAGGGCAGUUUUGUGGACCAUGUCUUCGAAAUCGAUAUGGUGAAGAUGUGAAAUCAGCUCUGCUUGAUCCAGCCUGGAUCUGUCCUCCUUGUCGCGGGGUGUGCAACUGCAGCUACUGCCGCCGGCGGGACGGGCGCUGUGCCACCGGCAUGCUCAUCCACCUGGCCAAGUUCUACGGCUACAACAAUGUCAAGGAGUACCUGGAAAGUUUACAAAAACAACUGGCGGAUGGCAAUUGACAACACUGAACCCAAGCUGUGCCUGCAACUGGUUAAUAUGUUGAAAAAUUUUGACUUCAAAAGUUUAUUACUCUGUUUUAUAUAAGAUAGAAUUGUAGUGCAUAGUACAUUCAUUUCUGCGUUGGGAACUUUUUGAUUGAUAUGGUCUUAUGCAAAAGAUCUCUCAGGAAAACGUUUUGGUAGAGAAAUCUACAUGCACAGACCUAUAGGUUAAGUGAAAUGGCACUCUUGAACCUUGAGUGGUUAAUUUUUAAUAGAGCUACCCGAGCACAUGAUAGAGAACUUGAUCAAUUUGAGCAAUAUUUUUAUUUAUAUAAUUGUGCGAGUUUGCAGAAAGGGUGUUCAACAACUACCUUCAAAGCAUCUGUAUCUUUAAAGAAACAAAACACCCUUGUCUACCAACUUGACCAUAAAGAUUCAGUUUUCCAGCCCUUGCUUUCCGAACCUAUUCAUCCACCUGUAGUUUAUGGAACUUGUCCCUACGAAGAAGGGAAGUGUACUUUUAUUUGAUGCCAUUAUAUUCCAACCAAAGCUGAUGCAAUCGACCAGUGAGAGGAUGAUUGUUUUUUUUUUUAUUUUAUUCCAAAGUGCAAUUAUUCACCGAAACAUGAAACUAGAAGAGUUUUUCUUUAAAAAUAUAAAAUAAAAUUUUAAACGUCAUCCCAGUAAAACCAGCAGUUUUUGUGUAGUGCACCUGCUGCCUGAACCAUCUACCCAGCGGUUAUAACUGGUCUAAAUCAGAGUUGAGGAUUAAUUUUUUUCCUUACAGUUCAUACUUAGAUUUUUUUUUUUCAUUUGUACAACCAGGCUUUCAAACAACUUUGUUUAAAUGCAACAUGUUUGUAUUGCAUGUUAAAAUAUGUUAAAAUUCUUGUAAGAUAUAAGUUUGAUUUUAUGUAGAGAGAAUAAAGACUAAUCUAAAGAGGAGUAUUUUGUGAGUCAAACUACACCCGGAUGCUGAUGUUUCCCGUUUACUUUCCCAUAGCUGGUGUAGUGGUGCUUGCCAUUACAAUGAUCAAUAAUCAUUAUGUGGAGGAACACAUGAACACAACACUGAUGGAUGAGGAAAUAACAACAUAGAGCACAUAAGCUUUACACUAAGGAUUGUGUUUUUGUGAGGCAAAUCUCCUGCUCCAGCUGACUGUGAAAAAUGUUUAUCUUCUUUAACUACAAGGCAGAUUGAGAAAGCAGCAUGUAUUAUUGAGAGGUUAGUACUAAACUGCCAAAAGUAAAGCUAUUCCUGCCAGAACCCAUUUACCUGACUUCUUGCUUUUCAGAUUGAAAGUCCAAACAUAAGUUGGCCCUCUG